ACAUCCGGGGCUUCGGGUGACGGUGCUGCGUUGACCCGAGAACAACAAGACCAACUGAAACAUUUCUGAACAUUUCCGAACAUUUCCGAACAUUUCCACCGACUAACGGCUCAUGACACUUUCAUAGAAACGCGAACUUGCGUUGCAACGAUGGAGAAACCUCCCUUCAGGCAGAACCAGAGCUGCGGAGACUGGGAGCUGAAAGAGAGGCUGGGCAUGGGCGGUUUCGCCCACGUUUACCUCUACCAACAUCACGAAACGAAUGAAAAACUAGCUGUGAAAAUGUGCCGUCUCGAGCUCACGCCGAGGAAUAAGGACCGAUGGGGCCGAGAAAUCCAGAUCAUGAAAAAGUUAAAUCAUAUCAACGUUGUGACGGCCCGAGAUGUUCCCGAGGACAUUUUGAGCAUAGCCUUAAAUGAUCUUCCACUGCUGGCCAUGGAGUACUGCUCCAGGGGAGACCUGAGGAAGAUGCUGAGCAAACCUGAAAACUGCUGCGGUUUGAAAGAGAGUGAAGUGCUUUCAUUACUCAAUGAUGUUGGAUCUGGUAUCCAGUAUCUGCACGAAAACAAGAUCAUACACAGAGACCUUAAACCUGAAAACAUAGUGCUGCAGGAUAUCAACGGAAAGCUGGUUCACAAAAUCAUUGACUUGGGCUACGCUAAAGACCUGGACCAGGGCAGUCUGUGCACCUCCUUCGUUGGCACGCUUCAGUACCUGGCUCCUGAACUGUUUGAGAACAAGCCAUACACUGUUACUGUGGACUACUGGAGCUUUGGCACCAUGGUGUUUGAAUGCAGCUGCGGUUUCCGUCCGUUCCUGCACAACCUUCAACCUGUGCAGUGGGCCAGCAAAGUGAGGAAUAAAGGUCCAAAAGACAUCAUGGCUGUAGAGGAACAGAACGGAGAAGUCAAGUUCUCCACACACCUCCCUUACCCCAACAACCUCAGCAGAACCCUGUCGGAGCCGAUGGAGUCACUGCUUCAGCUGAUGUUGAAGUGGGAUCCUGUCCAGAGAGGAGGCAAAAUCAACCCAGACACCAAGAAACCAAAGUGCUUUGACGCACUGGAGCAGAUACUGAGUAUGAAGGUGGUUCACAUCCUGAACAUGACCACGGCUCAGGUUCACUCUUUCCAGUUGACCACGGACGAAAGUCUCCACAGUCUGCAGAAACGCAUCGAGGGCGAAACCAAGAUCGAAGUGGUGAACCAGGAGCUGCUGCAGGAGACGGGAGUGUCCCUGGACCCCAGGAAACCCGCUGCGCAGUGUGUCCUAGACGGAGUGAGAGGGUGGGAUAGCUACAUCGUCUACCUGUUUGACAAGAGCAUCAACACGUACUCCGGGCCCUUCAGUGCCAGACAACUGCCUGACAAAGUCAACACUAUAGUGCAAGAGGCCAAGAUACAGAUGCCCCUGGUUGUGUUGAAGAAGGUUUGGGGUGAAGCAGUGAGCUACAUCUGUGGCCUGAAGGAGGACUACAGCAGGCUGUUCCAAGGACAGAGGGCUGCUAUGUUGAGUCUCCUGCGCUACAACACCAACCUGACCAGGUGUAAGAACAGCAUGUUUGGCUUCUCUCAGCAGCUGAAGGCCAAGCUGGACUUCUUCAAGAGCAGCAUCCAGUACGACCUGGAAAAAUACAGCGAUCAGAUGCACUACGGCAUAUCCUCUGAAAAGAUGCUGAAAGCGUGGCAGGAGAACGAGGAAAGAGCUGCUGCGUUUGCACAGGUGGCAGAGGUGAGCCACUUGGACGAUGAGAUCAUGGCUCUGCACUCUGAGAUAGUAGAACUUCAGAGGAGCCCGUACGCUCGACGCCAAGGAGACAAAAUGGAGCAGCUAGAGGAAAAAGCGAUCGAGCUCUACAAGCAGCUGAAGAUGAAAUGCAAAACUCCUGACGUAGAUGUGAGCAGUGACAGCUCCGAGAUGGUGAAGGCCAUCAUUCAGACUGUCCAGAACCAAGACAAGGUCCUCAAGGAUCUGUACACCCACCUCAGUAAGAUCCUGAUCAGCAAACAGAAGAUCAUUGACUUGUUUCCACGAAUUGAGAAAACUCUGGAGAGUAUUAAGGACGCAGACAACACAGUGAUGCAGAUGCAGAUAAAGAGACAGAGAGAGUUCUGGCAUUUACUGAAGAUCGCAUGUGCUCAAAACAUGUCAAGGAACUCGAUAGCAGCGAGUCCGGAUUCGUCCAACCUGCUGCAGGUUUCUCAGUGGUCGCAGUCGGCACAACCUGUCAGCUCCCCUCACCCCCUAACCUCCCUACCUGGGCCCAAUGACAGUGACGCUGCACCGCGUCUGCUGCAGGAGAACCAGAAGUACCUCAGUCAGCUGACCAGCCUGAUGCAGGAGGCUGCGGACGGACAGACCAAAAGCAUAGUGGACCAAGACUGGAGCUGGACGAAAUAUGAAACUUUAACAACAAAAUUAAAAAAGAGAAAUGCGUGAGCGGCGCCGCGUCCUCCGUCCCCGCCCGUGCUCCGAGUAACACUACAGACUGUAAAGCAGAGUGGCGUCACACGUUGUACAGUUGUACAUGGACUCGGGAUAUUCUCUCCUGAUCUUCUCCGGGGGGGGGGGGAGAAAAGAAGAAAAUAUAAAAGACGGAGUUCACACAUGCUCAGUGGCGUCUGUCCACUUCCAUCGUCUCACAUGGUGGAAGGUUUGAUCAAUGAAUAUUCUUGUUUUUAUAAGAGAAAACAACGAAGCUGUGUCACUCCACGUUUUCCUUUUUGCUGCACAAUAUUCAUCAUAAUUCAAUAAA